AUGUCGAUGAUUUGCCACCUAAAUCCACUGAAAGGAAAGACAAAAGAAAAUCUCCUCCAGUACUUGAUACCGAUACUGAAAGGAAAGACAAAAGAAAUCGGUCGUGGUGUGUUUGGUUUGCUGGUUGAUGAGUCUGCUGAUGUUUCUCAUAAAGAGCAGAUGGGUGUUGUUUUUUGGAUGAGCAUUACAAAUGUGCGAGGGCAAGGUUAUGAUGGAGCUAGUAAUAUGAGGGGUGAAUUUAAUGGGUUGAGAUCAUUGGUUGCUAGAGAAAGCAGUUCAGCGUAUUAUGUUCAUUGUUUCGCUCAUCAGCUUCAGCUAGUUGUGGUGGCUGUUGCAAAAAAGCACUUUGACAUUGCCGAUUUUUUUGAUAUGAUUUCUACAUUGUUGAAUGUUGUUGGGGCUUCUUGUAAACGACAAGAUAUGUUUCGAGAAACUCAGCGUGAAGAAUUGGAAAAAGGAAUUAAGAAUGGUGAAGUUAAGACUAGGACAAGACAAAUCAGAAACAUUCUUUAUCAAGACCUGCAACUACUCGCUGGGAAAGAUCAAGAUAUUUUGAAUGCUAUGUCACUGGUAGAAUCCACUAAACGAGAGUUGCAGAAGCUUAGAGAUGAUGGCUGGGAUUCGCUUAUGGCUAAAGUUGCUUCUUUCUGUAAGAAACAUAAUGUUGAGAUGCUUAUCAUGGAAGAAGAUUUUGUUGAUCUUAGGAAUCCAAGAAAGAGAACCAACAUAAGCAAUAUGCAUCAUUAUAAGGUCAACUGCUUUUGCACGGUUCUAGAUUUGCAGAUUCAAGAGUUCAACGAUUGUUUUACGGAGGUAACCACUGAUCUACUUAUCUGUAUGGCUGCUUUAAGCCCGAUUGAUUCAUUCCAUGGGUUUGACAAAGAGAAGCUGGUGCGAUUAGCUAAGUUAUAUCCAGAUGAUUUUAGCUAUGGUGAGAUUUUAUCUCUAGAGCAACAACUUGAUAUCUACAUCGACAAUAUACGUAGAGACGAAAGUUGCCACCGCAAGUGUUGA